CUCGAGCCUGAAAAAAAAAAUGGCGUCUCCCAUCAAUCUAUCAACCCUUCAAGGUCCUCCCUUACGAUCCCAUUUCCUGGGACAAAACCGUCUGUUACAUCAUUCUAGCAGGCCAUCUUUCCCAGUCACCAAACUGCAUUUUCUGACAGUCCAUGCCAAGUUCGACCUGUCUGAGAUCCUGGGAGGCAGAGGACUCUGUAAUGGAGAAAAGGGUUUGCAACAAGAGCUCAAGAGAAACAUUGAACAAGAAUCCUCGGAAGCCAUAGCAGAGCAAAAGAGCUCCGAUGCCACAACAAUCUCUGUUCCAGAAGAUGCUUUCGAUAAGGAGUUGAUGGGACUCACUGGAGGAUUUCCAGGUGGUGAAAAAGGAUUGGAGAAAUUCAUCACGGAGAAUCCACCACCCAAGAAACAACCAAUUGAAGACUCUAGAAGAGUUCUUGAACUAGCUACCUCAAAGAAGCCGAGACCACCUGAAUUGCCCCUGUUAAUGCCUGGAAUGGUUGCAAUUGUCAAGAAUCCUAAUAACCCAUUUUACAUGUACUGUGGCAUAGUGCAGCGAAUCACAGAUGGGAAGGCAGGGGUUCUUUUCGAGGGAGGAAACUGGGAUCGGUUGAUAACAUUUCGGCUUGAGGAGCUUGAGCGCAGGGAUAAGGGGCCUCCGAUGAAAAAUCCCAAGUCAGUUAUCCUUGAGACUAUGCUAGAAGAGAAUUUACAAUGAUGCACAUAUAUUCUAUUUCCAUAACACAUGUAUGAAUGAUUAUAUGCAAUAUAUGAACUUCUGAGAG